AUGAUCUGUGCCCCUAAUGCUUCACAUUCUCCCGUCUUCUUGCUCCUCGGGUUCUCCAGGACUAGUGUUCCCCACAGUCUCCUCUUUCUUAUGUUCCUGUCUAUUUAUUUAACCACCAUAUUGGGGAAUGUAAUGCUGGUAAUGCUCAUCUCCUGGGACUCCAGGCUCCACUCACCCAUGUAUUAUCUGCUGCGUGGUCUCUCCAUGAUAGACUUGGGGUUGUCCACAGUCACCCUGCCCCAGCUGCUGGUCCAUCUGGCAUCUGAUUACCCAGCCAUUCCUGCUGCCCGCUGCCUGACUCAGUUCUUUUUCUUCUAUGCAUUUGGAGUUACAGAUACACUUACCAUUGCUAUCAUGGCUCUGGAUCGAUAUGUGGCCAUCUGUGACCCUUUACACUAUGCUUUGGUGAUGAAUCGCCGGCUCUGUGCCAGGUUACUGACCUUGUGCUGGGUGAUAUCCAUAAUACACACCAUGCUGCAUGUGGGGCUUAUCCUGCCUCUGUGUUGGGCUGGAGACCCUGGGGAUAAUGUUAAUCUUCCUCACUUCUUUUGUGAUCACCGACCACUUCUGCGAGCCUCUGUCUCUGACACACACUCCAAUGAACUGGCUAUAUUCUUGGAGGGUGGAUUCCUCAUGCUGGGCCCUUGUGCCCUCAUUAUACUCUCCUAUGCACGAAUAGGGGCCACCAUCUUACGUUUGCCUUCAGCUGCUGGUCGCCUCAGAGCCGUCUCCACAUGUGGAUCCCACCUCACCAUGGUUGGCUUCCUCUAUGGCACAAUCAUUUGGGUCUACUUCCAGCCUCCCUCCCAGAACUCUAGGGAUAAAGACAUGGUGGCUUCUGUAAUGUACACUACUAUUACUCCAUUGGCCAACCCAUUUGUUUACAGCCUCCGCAAUAAGGAUGUCAAAAGUGCACUCAGCAGGCUGCUGAGACUGAGGAGAAUAGGCUCCUGA